AUGAGGACCUUGCUUGUCGCCGCUGCGAUCCUCAUCCUGUCCGCCGCCGGGGCCGCGCUCGGCGUCGCGCCCGCCGACACCGUGGCCGACUCGUGCCACGCGAUCAGCGACUUCGUGGACGUGGACUUCUGCACGUCCCGGCUGCGGUUCGUGCCGGGGGCGGCCACAGCGGACCGGUUGGGCCACCUCCUCAUGGCCACGGACCUCGCCGUGGCGAGCGGCGCCAAGGCCCAGGACCUCGCGGCGGCGGCGGCGCGCGACGGCAGCGUCGACCCGGGCGAGCGGGACGCGAUGCAGGCGUGCGCGUUCCUGUACGGCGCGGCGUCCGUGCCCGGGCUGCGGCUCCUCCGCCAGUACGCCGCGGCGCGGGCCUGGGGCCCCGCGCACGCGCUGGUGAUGCUCACCAUGGACGCUGGGGACGGGUGCGACGCCGCGGUCGGGAGAUCUAAUGGCAGGAUGGCCGGGCCGGACCACGAGUUCGACCAGCUCAGCGCCAUGGUCACCGCGCUGCUCAACAGCAUCAACUUAUAA